AAGAAAAUAUUAGUAUUAUCUCUCUCUUAAUUCCUGUUGUUUUACUUUAUUUCAUGGAAUAACAGAUAAAUUCUAAUCCGAUCCCAGGUAUUCCAAACAAAGUCAAUAUCCUCGAUUUGGUCUAAUUCCUGUUCUCCAGUGCCGAAGCGAAACUCGAACUGUACUCUUAGGGUUCAUAACUUCCUUCGUCUCCUCGAUCAAUCGCGGCGUUUUGAAAUACUAAACUAAAGAGGAAUCAUCGAUCAUGAAUUGUGAAGUUUGCCAGCUAAAAGAACUUGAUGUGGAGCAUUUUGAGAUACGAGAAGUCCUCCGAUGUAUUUUUCAUACUAUUAUGUUCCACAGAGCAUUAGGCCUGCUGCGGCCGAAGGAUGUUGAUUCGGAACUCUUUGACAUUAUCUAUACGCAGUGUGGUGAUGCGGAGGUUGAAAAGAAAAUUGAAGAGAAGAUUACCCAAUUCAUUGAUAGGGUUGAGAAGCAUCCUAACAGGAAAAAUCAGAUUUGCCUAUCCUUUUAUGAAGUCAAAAACAAACAAGCCUCAUGGUUCGCCAACAAAGUUGAGCGUUUCUACUGGGAAUACUGGUACAUAAAUUUGAAUGUGGCUCAUCAUCCGAAAGGUCAUUCUGGCAAGUCCAAUCUCUCAAAAGUAGUUGAUCCAGGAGAAAGUGCCUCUGAAGAGAGGAAUGCCCGACGCACAGUGUUAGAGUCAUCUCUUCGUGAAGUUAUGUUUCAGAUAAUAAAAUUUGUAAAUGAAAAAAAGGACCAUAUUCCUGCAAUACCAAAUCUUGAGUGUGUCACAUUUCCCUAUGAGAUCUCUAUCUCAAGUUCAUCAGAUUCUGCUUUUGGAAUGGAUGUGAUCAGGAGAAUGCUGCAGACUGGGCAUCCAACUAUGCUCAGCUGAUUGGAAAUCUCCUGAGGGGAGGCCAAUCUUCUCUGUAUCCCCUUCAUUAAGAGGUAAAGUGGUUGUCAAUCCAACGUCUGGCAAUGUGAAUAUUUCGGGCCAAAGUCGAGUAUGUGUGUGAUCUAGUGGCUAAAGAAUCGCACAACUGAAAGAAAUUGAAGCUACAUGUACAUAUUAGCAUAAUCUACUAAUGUUUUAUCUUGUUUUUGUUUUCAUGUUUCUUAUCAUAGUAAACAAAGCAUAUAGCUGAAUAUUAUUACAAGAUCAAUCUAAUUAAAUUUGUUUACUCUGCA